AUGGGACUAUUUUUCCAACAACAUAACAAGUUUAAGAGUAAGGGAGCUGAGGUUUUAAGAGAUAAUCUUCAAAGCAGCCGCAGCAGCUUUCAAAGAGAGAGAACGAGUCUGGAAGCAGUGAUAUACCAGCAAGAUCCAUUCAUCUAUGGCUGCAUAGAUUACAACUACACUACUGAUUUGGGGGUUGAAGAAAAGGUCAAUGUUGAUCAACAGAGUGCAAUUGCUCGUAACACACCGGAGGGCCGCCCAAAGAGGCGGCGGAGCAAGCCCUCCAAGAACAAGGAGGAGCUCGAGACCCAAAGGAUGACUCAUAUUGUCGUCGAGAGGAAUCGUCACCGCCAGAUGAACGACUACCUCGCCGUCCUCUUCUCCUUGAUGCCACCUUCCUAUGCUCAAAGGGGAGAUCAAGCAUCAAUUGUUGGUGCUGCAAUCAAUUUUGUGAAGGAACUUGAACACCAAGUUCAGUUCAUGGAAGCAUACAAGUUUAGGGAUGGGCAACAAGUAAGAGCGGUGUCCACCAGCUCCGACAUAUUUUCGAAUUUCUUCACUUUCCCUCAAUACUCGAGGCCUUCAAGUAUCGCGAUGAACGUCGCGGUGGAGAGGCAUUCGAGCAUCGCGGAUAUCGAGGUGACUAAGGUGGAGAGUCAUGCAAGCAUUAAGAUCCAAGCAAAGAGGAAGCCAAAGCAACUCCUCAAAAUGGUGGCCGGAUUUCAAUCCAUUUGCCUCAACAUUACCCAUCUUAACAUCACAACCGUUGAUCAAUCGGUUCUAUACUCUUUCAGUGUAAAGGUAGAAGACGAAUGCCAACUAAGCAAAGUGAAUGAGAUAGCCACAGCGGUGCACGAGAUGAUUGGAAGAAUCCACAAUGAGUCUACAUCUAUAGCUUAG